AUGUCUCCCCCAGCUGCUAUCUUCGAGCCUACUGUCGCUCCUACCGGCAUCAAGGGCAAGGUUGUGGUCCCUGAGACUACCAUUGCCGGUGGCGUCUCCCAGACCAAGCUGCUUGACCACUUUGGCGGCAAAUGGGACGACUUCAAGUUUGCUCCCAUCCGCGAGAGCCAGGUCUCGCGUGCCAUGACCCGACGCUACUUCCAGGACCUGGACCGGUAUGCCGAGAGCGAUGUCGUUAUCGUUGGCGCUGGUUCAUGCGGUCUCAGUACCGCGUACGUCUUGGCCAAGGCUCGCCCUGACUUGAAGAUUGCCAUCAUUGAGGCAUCUGUAUCUCCAGGUGGCGGUGCUUGGUUGGGUGGCCAGCUCUUCUCCGCGAUGAUCAUGCGUCGUCCUGCAGAGCUCUUCCUGAACGAGUUGGGUGUGCCCUAUGAAGAGGACCCCGAGAUGCCCAACUAUGUCGUCGUCAAGCACGCAUCUCUCUUUACGUCGACCUUGCUCUCUAAGGUCCUCCAGUUCCCCAACGUCAAGCUCUUCAACGCCACCUGUGUCGAGGACCUGGUGACCCGCCCCGCCCCCAGCGGGAGCGCACAGGAAGUCCAAAUUGCUGGUGUCGUCACCAACUGGACCCUCGUCACUCUCCACCACGACGACCAUUCGUGCAUGGAUCCCAACACCAUCAACGCUCCCGUUAUCAUCAGUACCACUGGCCACGAUGGUCCCUUCGGUGCCUUCUCAGCCAAGCGACUCGUCUCCAUGACUACCAUCGACAAGCUCGGUGGCAUGCGCGGUCUGGACAUGAACACCGCCGAGGAUGCGAUUGUCAAGAACACCCGUGAGGUGGCCAAGGGUCUCAUCAUUGGCGGGAUGGAGCUGUCUGAGAUCGACGGCUUCAACCGCAUGGGCCCUACUUUCGGUGCCAUGGUUCUCAGCGGUGUCAAGGCUGCUGAGGAAGCACUUCGCGUAUUUGAUGAGCGUAAGGCCCAGUGUGCUGAGUAG